AUGCGGGCACCCUGGUCGCAUGAGAGCCAGCAUGCCAGCUCGCAUGAGCUUGCCCUUAAAAACCAGCUCUCCAUCCAGAAGUACGUGAAGAGCCACUACAAGGUGGGCCAGCACGCCGACACCCAGAUCAAGCUCUCCAUUCGGCGCCUGCUCGCUGCCGGCGUCCUCAAGCAGACCAAAGGGGUCGGCGCCUCCGGCUCUUUCCGCCUGGCCAAGGCCGACAAGGCGAAGAAGUCCCUGGCCAGGAAGAGGAAGAAGGUGGCCAGGCAAUCCACGUCGCCCCGGAAAGCGGCCAGGCCCAAGAAAGCCAAGUCGCCGGCAAAGAAGCCCAAAUCUCCCACCAGGAAAGCCAGGAAGAAGUCGAAGGCCAGCCCAAAGAAAGCCAAGAAGCCAAAGACUGUUAAGGCCAAGUCGCUGAAGGCGUCCAAGCCCAAGAAGGCAAAGCGGUCGAAACCCAAAGCCAAGUCCAGCGCCCGGAAAUCACCCAAGAAGAAGUGA